UUCUCCAGGAACACAAAACAGCGAACCGACGCCCGGCCCGGGUCCCUCACUCCUGGGAGCGAAUACUGACAGACAACAGCAGCGCUCUUUUUAUCAGGAAGAAGGCGUGUGGGAGUUCAACGAAGGAUACAACGCCCCUGGAUCGUCAUGAGAGGUCUGAUUUUCCUGUUCGCCACGGCGGUAACUUGUAGAGCCGCAUACGUCGGUUCAUCCCCAUAUGGGAAUCCUCUGGUUCACCAACAAGUUGCACCGAACUUCGCGCCGCCCGCUCCGGUUGGCGAAGACGGCAACGUCAUCGACACGCCGGAAGUAGCGCAGGCGAAGGCUGCGCAUUUUGUUGAAUUCGCGAGGGCCGCCGCCCGCGCAGCUCAAGAUGGGAAGAACCAGCAAGGCUUGUCCGAUUAUCAACCGCAGAUCUCAUCGCCCGCAUACAGCUACUCAGCUGCUCAACCGACCGGGGUGCCUUAUCUGAAACAGGCCAGCUACCAGCAACCCACUCCGAUCUAUCAGACUGCCAACCAUGUACCGGCGCCCAUCUACGUGAAUUAUCAGCAACCUCAACAAUACGACGCACGGGCUAACUUUGUAGGUCAGAAGAGUUACACGCUCCCAGCAAAGCCCACCACUUUCGUACCGGCGCCGUUGGCCGAGGACGGGACGGUCUUAGACACGCCGGAAGUGGCGGCCCUAAAGGCAACCAGAUUGGCCGAGCUUGCCGAGGCGGAGGCCCGGGCUUACAAACACGCGAGCGAGAAUCCGACUGAGCACCAGGGUCAAGUUUAUGGAUCUCCAUCCGGUCCCGCUCCUGCCAAUCUAGGACACUAUGGCGCUUCGCGAGCAUUCCCAGCAUCUUCGUACCCGGGAACUCAGCCUUACGCCACGCAACAAGUGUACAAUCCGUCAGGUUUCCAGCCUCGUCAUUAUCAGUCCCAGCAUCUGAUAGGAAAUUUCUAAACCUAGCGAAUCACGGUCGAUCAACAUGUUCCGGUCCCUGUACAUAUUCUAGAUGAAUAAAUUGUUUUCCUAUCUU